AUGCGAUUCAGCUUCUUUCAAUCUUCUGUUGCUAUCUCUCUCAUUCCUCUUGCCGCAGCUCUUCAAACCAUCUACUUCGGAACAGUCGGCUCUUCUGCUGGCCCAUACCAAUGCAUCGCCUUCUUCUCGCACAGCAACCCCUGCACGGACGGCAACGCAACUUUCGGUGAUGUCUUCUGCUCGGGCAACUACUGCAAGGAAGGCCCCAUCACCAUUCUAGGUCACCAAGGCAUCCAGUUCACCGGCUGCAAACCCAAUCCUAACCAAGGUGGUCCCGAAUAUGUGCCCACAGGGGUCUCGGAUGGCGGUGCGCCGGCGCUGAAGUGCAAGCCGGCGUCGAAUCCACCAGGGACGCUGUAUGGAGACUAUGCCACGUGUGAUCCUGAUGAAGGCAACACAAACGUGGGAUUCGUAAACGUGGAUGCGUAUUGCUCGUAG